CCUAUAUGUUUAGAAGAUGGUACCUGGAGUCAUCAUCCCAUCAGAGAUUUGAAUGGGGACCAUCAAUCAAACAGCACUGUAAUCACUGUUGCUUUCUUUACCAUUUGUGCUCAUUUAAUUUUUAUCUCUUUAGGAGUUUGGUGACAGUCCCUGUUAGUCUGUUCCUCCUUUAUAUGAAGGACAGACCAAAGAUCCAGUUUGGAAAUGAGAGAGGAGGACUAGAGGGCAACACUGGCUCCACCCAUUGAUAUUUACCAGAGGUACAGAAGACAGAUUCACGAAGAUGUUGACAAGACUGCAAUUUCUUACCUUAGCUUUGUUUUCAAAGGGAUUUUUACUUUCUUUAGGGGACCAUAACUUUCUAAGGAGGGAGAUUAAAAUAGAAGGUGACCUUGUUUUAGGGGGCCUAUUUCCCAUUAAUGAAAAAGGCACUGGAACUGAAGAAUGUGGGCGAAUCAACGAAGAUAGAGGGAUCCAACGCCUGGAGGCCAUGCUGUUCGCUAUUGAUGAAAUUAACAAAGAUGAUUACUUGCUCCCAGGAGUGAAGCUGGGUGUUCACAUUUUGGAUACAUGCUCAAGGGAUACCUAUGCUUUAGAGCAAUCACUGGAAUUUGUUAGGGCAUCUUUGACUAAAGUGGAUGAAGCUGAGUAUAUGUGUCCUGAUGGAUCCUACGCCAUCCAAGAAAAUAUCCCACUGGUCAUUGCAGGGGUCAUUGGCGGCUCUUACAGCAGUGUUUCCAUACAGGUGGCCAACCUCCUGAGGCUCUUCCAGAUCCCACAGAUAAGCUACGCAUCCACCAGUGCCAAACUCAGCGACAAGUCGCGCUAUGAUUACUUUGCCAGGACUGUUCCCCCCGACUUCUACCAGGCCAAAGCCAUGGCUGAGAUCUUGCGUUUCUUCAACUGGACCUACGUGUCCACCGUGGCCUCCGAGGGUGACUACGGGGAGACAGGGAUCGAGGCUUUUGAGCAGGAAGCCCGCCUGCGCAACAUCUGCAUCGCCACCGCGGAGAAGGUGGGUCGCUCCAACAUCCGCAAGUCCUAUGACAGCGUGAUCCGUGAGCUGCUGCAGAAGCCCAACGCGCGCGUUGUGGUCCUCUUCAUGCGCAGCGAUGACUCCCGCGAGCUCAUCGCUGCUGCCAGUCGCGCCAACGCCUCCUUCACCUGGGUGGCCAGCGAUGGCUGGGGCGCACAGGAGAGCAUCAUCAAGGGCAGCGAGCACGUGGCCUAUGGCGCCAUCACCCUGGAGCUGGCUUCUCAGCCCGUCCGCCAAUUUGAUCGCUAUUUUCAGAGCCUCAACCCCUACAACAACCACCGCAACCCCUGGUUCCGGGACUUCUGGGAGCAGAAAUUCCAGUGCAGUCUCCAGAACAAGCACAAUCACCGUCGCCCUUGCGACAAGCACCUGGCCAUCGACAGCAGCAACUACGAACAAGAAUCCAAGAUCAUGUUUGUAGUGAAUGCAGUGUAUGCCAUGGCCCACGCCCUGCACAAAAUGCAGCGCACCCUCUGUCCCAACACCACCAAGCUCUGCGAUGCCAUGAAGAUCCUGGACGGGAAGAAGUUAUACAAGGAUUACUUGCUGAAAAUUAACUUCACAGCUCCAUUCAUCACAAAUAAAGGUGCAGAUAGCGUUGUCAAGUUUGACACUUUUGGAGAUGGAAUGGGACAAUACAACGUGUUCAAUUUCCAGUAUGUGGGUGGCAAGUAUUCCUACUUGAAGGUUGGUCACUGGGCAGAAACCCUAUCACUAGAUGUCAACUCUAUCCACUGGUCCCGGAACUCAAUCCCCACUUCCCAGUGCAGUGACCCCUGCGCACCCAAUGAAAUGAAGAACAUGCAGCCAGGGGAUGUCUGCUGCUGGAUCUGCAUCCCCUGUGAGCCCUAUGAAUACCUGGCUGACGAGUUUACCUGUAUGGACUGCGGCCUUGGGCAGUGGCCCAAUGCAGACCUCUCUGGCUGCUUUGACCUUCCCGAGGACUACAUCAGGUGGGAGGAUGCCUGGGCCAUUGGUCCGGUCACCAUUGCCUGCCUGGGUUUUAUGUGCACAUGCAUGGUUGUGACUGUUUUUAUCAAGCACAACAACACACCCUUGGUCAAAGCAUCGGGCCGGGAGCUCUGCUAUAUCUUGUUGUUUGGGGUUGGCCUAUCAUAUUGCAUGACAUUCUUCUUCAUUUCCAAGCCAUCACCAGUCAUCUGUGCAUUGCGCCGACUAGGCCUGGGGACCUCCUUCGCUGUCUGUUACUCAGCCCUGCUGACCAAGACAAACUGCAUCGCCCGCAUCUUUGACGGGGUCAAGAAUGGCGCUCAGAGGCCCAAAUUCAUCAGCCCGAGUUCUCAGGUUUUCAUCUGCCUGGGUCUGAUACUGGUGCAAAUUGUGGUCGUGUCUGUGUGGCUCAUCCUGGAGGCUCCAGGCACCAGGCGAUACACCCUUCCAGAAAAGCGGGAAACAGUCAUUUUAAAAUGCAAUGUCAAAGAUUCCAGCAUGUUGAUCUCACUUACCUACGAUGUGGUCCUGGUGAUCUUAUGCACUGUGUAUGCCUUCAAAACGCGGAAGUGCCCAGAAAAUUUCAACGAAGCCAAGUUCAUUGGUUUUACUAUGUACACCACAUGCAUCAUCUGGUUGGCCUUCCUCCCAAUAUUUUAUGUGACAUCAAGUGACUACAGAGUGCAGACAACAACCAUGUGCAUCUCCGUUAGCCUGAGCGGCUUUGUGGUCCUGGGCUGUUUGUUUGCACCCAAGGUGCACAUCAUCCUGUUUCAACCCCAGAAGAAUGUGGUCACACACAGACUGCACCUUAACAGGUUCAGUGUCAGCGGGACUGGGACCACAUAUUCUCAGUCCUCUGCAAGCACGUACAUGCCGACGGUGUGCAACGGGCGAGAAGUCCUUGACUCCACCACCUCAUCCCUGUGAUUGUGAAUUGCAGUUCAGUUCUCGUGUUUUUAGGUUGUCAGACGCAAGUACUCACAUGCAGCUCCGGAACGUGGAGAAAGAACUCCCCUUAGGACCUUUUUUUAGAAACAGUACAAUAAAUUAUUUUUGAGGACUGUACAAUAUAUAGUGACGUGCUAGAACUUUUUAGACUGAUUUUAGUGCCCCUCUUAUUAAUGAUUCCCCAGAACACAGACAUAACCAUUGUUUACAGAGCUGAGUAUUUGGUGACAGGGUCUGACAGGGUCAGUCUAUUAGAAAAUACGGUGGCAAUAUUAGGUAACUUUUUUUCCUAUGAAGUUUUUUGUAGGUCCUUGUUGUAACUAACUUAGGAUGAGUUUCUAUGUUGUAUAUUAAAGUUACAUUAUGUGUAACAGGUGGUUUUUCUCAGCAAAAAACAAAAAGCAUCUGUAUUAAUGUAAAGAUAUUGGGAAUAAAACCUUCAAGGUUUUCCAGCA